AUGGCGCCCUCACAAAAGGUCGCCGAGCGGCUCGCCCAAGCCGAGUCGGCCCCCGACAAGGCCGCCGCCUACGACUCCAUCCUCGCCGACAUCAAGUCCCUCUCCUCGCCGCCUACGGCCGCCGCCGACCUGAACGCCGUCCUCGACGCCUUCUUCGCCGCCGCCCUCGGCAUCGUAUCCACCCGUGCCGUCCUCACCUCCUUCGUCGCCGCCCUCCGCGCCCUCGGCAACCACGACCUCUGGGUCGCCGUCGGCACCCACACCCUCGACCAGCUCGCCGCCCAGCCCCCCUCCUUCCUCGACCAGGCCGCCGCCGUCCGCGAGCUCGUCGCCGAGGCCCACGAGGGCAACGAGGACUUCCUCGAGGCCGCCAAGUGCCUCGCCGACAUCCCCCUCGACAGCUCCCAGCGGAAGGUCACGAACGACGACAAGGCCCGCGUCUGGGUCCGCAUCGCGCGCAACUACCUCGAGGUCGACGACACCACCGCCGCCGAGACGUACGUCAACAAGCUCAAGAACAUCAUGCACACCGUCCAGGACCGCGACCUCGACCUCCACUUCAAGCUCUCCCAGGCCCGCAUCCUCGACUCCAAGCGCGACUUCCUCGGCGCCAGCAACAGGUACCACGAGAUCAGCCUCAGCCCGGCCAUCGCCGAGGAGGAGCGCCUCCACACCCUCGGCAUGGCCGUCAAGUGCGCCAUCCUCGCCCCCGCGGGGCCGAUGCGGAGCCGCGCCCUCGGGAAGCUGUACAAGGACGAGCGGUCGGCCGGCCUCGACGAGUUCGGCAUGCUGGAGAAGAUGUUCUUCGACCGGCUCCUCGCGCCCGGCGAGGUGGAGAAGUUCGCGCAGGGCCUGCAGCCGCACCAGCUCGCCACGACGGCCGACGGGUCCACGGUCCUCGCCAAGGCCGUCGUCGAGCACAACCUCCUCGGCGCCUCGCGGCUGUACCGCAACAUCGGCUUCGACGCGCUCGGCUCGCUGCUCGGGCUGGACGGGGAGAAGGCGGAGGAGACGACGGCGCGCAUGAUCGAGCAGGGCCGCCUGCUCGGCCGCAUCGACCAGCUCGAGGAGGUCAUCUGGUUCGAGGGCGGCGAGGCCUCGGGCCAGAAGGGCAGCGGGCGGGCGGAGGUGACGGUCGGCAAGGAGAUGAGGCAGUGGGAUGCCAACGUGCAGAGCAUGGCCGAGGAGGUCGAGAACGUGACCAACGCUCUGCAAAGGCAGUUCCCGGAGUUCGUGGAGGCCAACUUGGUUGUAUGA